ACAGGGGCGCCGCGGAUUACCCAAUUUCGGUCAACAAAUAAGAAGUUGAAACAUUAAGAUUCGAGAAAAAGAAGCGCUUCAUAGAUUUCGCACACAGGCGCUGUGGGAGGUUGGCGCGGCCCUGCUCACAUAUUAUGUGAUGUGUAUGUACGGAGAAUUCAGUAGUCGGCUUUAAGAUGUUGAGACUAGCGUUCCUCCUUAGUUUAAUAGCGGUGGCACAUUUGGCGAGAAUAUUGGCGGUUUUUCCAACGCCUUCCAUAAGUCAUCAGGUGACUUUUAGACCGGUAAUAAAUGAACUCGUCAACAGAGGACACGAAGUGGUCGUCAUUACUACGGACCCACAGAAGAUCGAAGCGAAGAACCUAACAGAGAUCGACUUGCACGAUGUUUCGUAUAAGAUUUGGAAUCAUAUUCUAGCUACAGACGUGAUGGGAGUUGAAGACACUAUCAUCGAGCAAAUGUACAAAGUUUAUUCGGCUGUAGUGACAGUUUUCGAUGAGCAGCUGAAAAAUAGUGAUGUGAAAGACAUAUUAUCGAUGAAGAGAGGGAAGUUUGACUUGUUGAUAACCGAAGCUGUGGUUCGUCAAGCGCUGGUUUUCUCGCUAAUCUACAAAGUUCCCCUAAUUCAGAUCGGUUCCUUGGGUCCUGUUAGUUUCAACGACCAUUAUAUGGGUGCACUCACCCAUCCUCUCCUAUACCCUUUACCUUGGCAUAAACAUAUAUACAAUUUAACAACGUGGGAAAGAAUAUCGAAUCUAUACAACCACUAUAGAUUCCAAUUCUAUUACAACUACUACAUAGCGGCGUAUGAAAAUGAGGUGCUGAAAAAACAUUUGGGACCGGGCAUUUUGCCAGUAAAUGAACUGUGUAACAAUAUUGACCUAUUGAUUCUGAAUAUCCAUCCUCUGUGGAUCGAAAAUCAACCUGUGCCGCCAAACGUUGUUUUCAUGAAUAGCAUUCAUUUGAAGCCUCCAAAGGAAGUUCCAAAGGAAUUAAAAUCGUACCUGGAUUCAUCUAAAAACGGUGUAGUCUACGUAAGUUUUGGGAGCAACGUAAUCCCAUCAGCCAUAGACAAAAUGCAAGUUCUUCUCAAAGCUUUGUCUGAACUACCCUAUGACGUGCUUCUGAAAUGGGACAAGGAACAGCUACCAAUAAAGGCUAAGAACAUAAGAAUCUCAAAAUGGCUCCCUCAAGCGGAUCUUUUGAGACACCCAAAAAUAAAGGUUUUCAUCACUCAGGGAGGUCUCCAAUCGCUUGACGAGGCUAUGGCAGCCAGGGUGCCUCUGAUAGGUAUACCACUUUUCACCGACCAAUGGUACAACGUGGACAAGUUCAUACGACAUAACAUUGGCCUGAGAAUAGACUUGGAGGACUUGACUGAAGAUAUACUUAUAAAGGCGGUGGAUACUGUCAUUAAAGAUGAGAGUUAUCGGGAAAACAUAAAACGUCUGAACAGAAUAAUGCAGGACCAACCUCAGCCGCCGCUGGAGCGCGCGGUGUGGUGGAUCGAGCACGUGUUGCGGCACGGCGGCGCGGCGCACCUGCGCGCGCGCACCGCCAACAUGCCGCUGCCGCAGUUCCUGCAGCUCGACCUCGUAGCGUUGGCGCUAGGCGCUGUAGUAGCUGUAUGUUUUACUGUCACCUGCGCCAUGUAUCUUAUCUGUAAACAACUCACAAAGAAAAAGACGAUUAAAAUUAAGAUUAAAUAA